CCGAGACUAAGUCGACGAUGAACGCAUAGCCCCACGUACCUCGAGAUGGGCAAUGCGACUUCCAAAAAGCCGAACAGGCAGAAACGCCCUCGCUUUCAAGAGCAAAGCGAUGACCACGUCGUGUACGGGUCUAGCGACGAUAUCCAGGUGGACUCUGGAAAUAAAUUCGACGAGCAAGUCAUCAGCACCUUAAAGAAGGACCUCAGUGAGACCCCGGAGUUGUUCGUGCUCAAUAACAUGUUGAUGUGUGUGAUGUUCUUCGAGAAUUACCACAAGGAACUUCAAGAAAUGUCCCCUAAAAGAUACCGCAAGGACAUGGAUUGCAUAGCUCCUGACCUACUACUGGAACACGUGAAUAGAAACGUGCUAUAUCGUCCUCUACAUGGACCAAAGAAAUACAACUCGGAAACGUUAGCUCCUAAGAGACUAUAUGUGAUUAACGACGUGGUGCAAGUUGUAACGACUUUCGAAAGCUCUUCAUCUUAUGAAAGAAAAGCAACAGUGAGACUAGAGGACUCUUCAAGGAAGGGUUAUGUAAAGCUAAGGGAAGUGGAACCUCCAAGUGUCCCCAUCGAAAGUGACGACAUCCCUAUAGCUAAAAGCGAACCCACCCCUAGCACCUCACGAAGUUCAACAGAUUCAGACAGUUACGGCUAUUCCACCAUUACAGAUAUGAAAACUCCCAAACCCAUAGAGAUAAUAAAAGGUCUGAGAAGGCAGGAAGGAAGGCCUAAUCUCCCUCCGUCUUGCAUAUCGCACCGAAAAAUUAAGAAGACACUGAUGGAGUCAGACCUCGAGGACAAGGAAAUAGUCAACAUCACAGAUGAGGACCUGUACGACAUAGCAUCUUACAUAAAUUCUAAAGGUUUUAUGAAAUUUUUCCAAAACAACAUCUUUCCGAACGGCAUUGGCACAAAUCUAGGGUUGGAAGAAUCAGAAAUCAGACUGGCAAAGUCUAUUCCAGGGAAGAUAUUCUGUGGCUUCCACGAAAGCGACAAACAUACCCCCUGUGAGAUUAUACCAGCGCUGUCAUUACGUUGGCCUCACAAGCAAACACUUCAGUUCAUAAUGAAAGCGCAGAAGCGGCCUGAGCCUCGCAAAAGGUACGUCUUCCCCACUCAGAGGAUGAUAAGCGAAAUCGAAAACCUAAACUGCGUAUUGGUGCCAAAGGGUUACGUCAGGAAGAAGGGUGAACACACCGACAGCGAUCUAGAGUGGGAAAUUCAGUUCCCACAAGCUGAGAGAUACAUAGAAACCUUUAUGUCCCACGCACAAGCCAAAUGCUACUUAUUUCUUCUAACGCUGCACAAGACUUACAUAGAACCGGAUACAUUCCAACUAGGGUUGCUAGCGGAGCACAUCCGGUCGUUUAUGCUGUGGGAAUGCGAAGCCAAUUAUAGCGACUGGCCGGAGCAUAGAUUAGGAACGAAGUUAGUAACACUCAUAACAUCCUUAAACGUCCACAUAGCUAAGAGUGAUCUCCGCGAUUUUUUCAUCAAGGAAAAAAACGUGUUCGAGAACAUACCGAAGAAGUAUCUGCGACACGCCCAGAAGAUGCUGCAUGAGGUCUUAGAGGCCCCCGUCAUGAGCUUUAUCAAGUCCCUGAGGAAUUUGAGGUACACCAGGGGAAAGCAUUUCUACCAUCCUUUCGAAUUCGAUCAGCUGUACGACAUCCUAAUCAAGACUGGAAUACAAUCAACCAAUCCCCAAUUAAUAUCCGACAUGCAUAUUCCCCCGAAUUUCAAGAAAAUAAGGCACCUCGAUACCGACAUUCAGGUUAAACACUUCAAAGAGGCGCAGAAGAGGGAGAGAAUCUUGAAGAAGAGGCAGGAAGAAAUUGAAAAAAAGAAUCUCAAAAAGGAAGAGGAGGAGAGACGAGGAUCUAUUGAUUCAGUGGACUUGAAAUGGACGUGUGACAGGCAGUUUGACGUAUACAAGACGAGGGCCCUGCUGAUUUUCUUCAUCAACAACUUCAUCGAAAUCGCUAAAAAAUGUUCGCAGAUAUCAUCCCACAGGCAGACUUUGCUCUACUUGAAGCAGGCCAGGUACUUGACUAGAAUCAUGAAAGACGAGUGUCCCGCUUUAGAAGUGGAGGAACAGGAGUAUGUCAAACAGAUACAGGCGCUUGAAGACGAGUGCAACAAGAAGGCUGUCAGAGAGAAGAGUAGCCCUCGUGUCGUCCAGAAUGGUGGGGUGCAUUUUAGUACCAAUACACAGAUUUCGAAUAGUAGCAAUAACAAUGAGGCAUGUAGUAGCACCGAGAAGGUGCCCAAGGUCAAUGGUGUUGUAAAGCCACGUAAAAGCGUGAUGUUUGUAGAAAGCCAUUAAAAAAAAAA